AUGAUUGCUUCCAUUUUCUUUCUUCCGUCUCUCUUUCCUGGGUCAUCUUUGCUUCGCUUGCUUCAACUUUGUAACUUCGACUUCUCUUCGAGGCGAUUGGAGCUUCCUAUCCAUUCCUUCUUUUGCGACCGUUCUUGUUUAGUAGGAUUCCGUUGGAUAGCAACAAUGAAGUUAAUUCCUAUUCUUGCUGAACUAGUUCGCUAUCUAGACACUGUAGAUAGCGAACAGGUAGAGACUGCCAACUGCUUUACUGUUUCCUCAGGCUCUCCUUAUUCCUUCUCUGAUCGCUUGAUGGCAAUAAAUCCUAAUCUCUGGAUGAGUUAUCGGGUGUGCCUUAGGACCAUAUCCUUUCCUCCUUUGUCCGUAGUGUCUUGGAGGAUAAUGUUCCGGUCUACCGAUAAGAGUCGGAAUGCAAAGUAUGGCUUAGCAGUCUAUGGAAUCUGA